CAUAGGCAUGAAUCCCGCUGUAACGAUGCACGUUCACAACCAAAAAAACAUGAAAUGCUAUUUGCUGCUGCUAUAAUCUAAGCCUCUACAUUCCUAGGAGACAGGCCAAAUUCUUUUAGGAAAAUAUGGAGAAGUUGAUUUGCCCAGUGGCAAGCAAAUUUGUUACGUAAGGUAGCUAUGCAUUUUCUUCGUAUUUUAAACCAGCCUGCAGACGCUCUUCGAUACUUUUUCCUCCUGCAAACCCGCAUUAACACCAAAAACAUUGCGUCCAGAAAAUUGCUUCAUACCCACAUCAUCCACAAGGAUAUUUUGCGUAAUAGUGGUUUACGGAACAUGCUUCUAAUUCUCUAUGCCAAAUCAGGUAGCCUGCUGGAAACCCGCAAAUUGUUUGACGAAAUUCCCAUCCGAGAUGUCUUCUCGUGGACUGCGGUCGUUUCACUUUAUGUUCGGCAAGGGUUUCAACAACACGCCUUAACUCUAUUUUACCAAAUGCAGAAAACAGGUGUUCAACCCGAUCAGUUUAUCUUUGCAACUGUUGUUUCAGUAUGUUCGAAAUUGACAGCUGUUGAAGAGGGUUUGGCAAUUCACGGGCAUGUAAUUAGAAGUGGGUUUCAGUCUGACAUCUUUGUAGCCAGUGCCCUCGUAGACAUGUAUGCCAAAUGUGGGGAAAUUGACUAUGCACGCAAAAUGUUUGACGAAAUGCCUCAAAAAGACGUGGUCUCAUGGAAUUCAAUGAUUGCGGGAUAUGUACAGAAUGGAAACCUUGAUGAGGCUCUGCAGUUUUUUCAAGCAACUCCCCAACGGGAUGUGGCCUCGUGGAAUACCAUGAUUUCAGCUUAUGCCAAGCAUGGAUUUUUUGAGGCCUCUUUGGGAGUGUACUAUGAAAUGCAAGGAAAGGGAGCAGGCUGUCAAUCCAACGCUUUUACUUUUGCGAGCGUUCUUCCUGCAUGUGCCGAAUUGGUUUGCCUGGAACAGGGUAUAAAUAUCCAUGAACAUAUAAUCUCUAGCGGGCUUCAGUUUGAUGUUUUUGUGGCAAAUGCGCUCGUUGACAUGUAUGCAAAGUGUGGUGUCAUGGGUAAGGCACACAACGUGUUUGACAGAAUGCCUCAAAGAGAUGUUGUGUCAUGGAAUGCUCUAAUUGGAGGUUAUGCUCUGAAUGGACAUGUUGACCAAGCUGCAGCUCUCUUUCAGAAAAUGCCCGAACGAAAUGCCGCUUCAUGGAGUACCAUGAUUGCAGGAUACGCUAGAAAUGAUCUCUUUGAGGAGGCCUUGGUGUUGUUCAAUGAAAUGCAAAGCAUAGGUAUUCUGGCCAGUGAGUUUACCCUUGCCAGUGUUAUAUCAGCAUGUGCCAAGUUGGAAGCUCUAAAACAGGGUAUGGAGAUUCAUGGAAAAAUAAUCAGAUGUGGAUAUCAAUCUUAUAUUUUUGUGGGGAAUGCUGUCAUCGACUUGUAUGCGAAAUGCGGAUAUGUACAUAAGGCUCGUAUUUUAUUUGACAAAAUGUAUCAUCGGGAUGUGGUCUCGUGGAAUACAAUGAUUGUGGGUUAUACACAAAAUGGGCAAACCGAAGAGGCACUCAAGCUCUUUCGGGAAAUGAAAUUAGUAGGAAUGGAGCCAGACGUAAACACCUUGUCUAAUGUUUUAUCAGCGUGUUCAAGCUUGGAAGCUCUAGAGCAUGGUAUGGAAAUCCAUGAAGAAAUUAUUCGGAUGGGUUUUCACCGUGAUGUCUCUUUGAGUAGUGCCCUUGUCGGCAUGUAUGCAAAAUGUGGAAGCAUAGAAAAGGCAUUUGAUGUAUUUGAUAGAAUGCUUCAUCGAAAUGCUAUCUCCUGGACAGCAAUGAUUGCAGGCUGUACUCAGAAUGGGCAUGAUAUGGAGGCUAUCGAGCUCUUUCGAGAAAUGAAAUGGGUAGGAGUGGAGCCUGAUUCAAAGGCAUUUGUUAGUGUCCUGCCAGCAUGUGCCAACGUUGGAUCUCUUCAACUAGGUAGAGAAAUCCAUGGAAAGAUAGUUAGAAAUGGACUCAACAUGGACGUGUUUGUAGAAUGUGCUCUUUUAGACAUGUAUGCAAAAUGUGGAAGCAUAGAGAAAGCUUAUAAUUUAUUUGAAAAUAUGCAAUUGCGAAAUAUUGUCUCCUGGACAGCUAUGAUUGCAGGAUAUGCUAUGCAUGGCUACGGCAAGGAGGCAAUUCAGCUCUUUGAACAAAUGCGUCAUUCUAGCUUGAAACCAAAUGAUGUAACCUUAAUUUGUCUUUUGUCUGCUUGUUGUCGUUCAGGUCUAGUUGAUGAAGGGUGGCAAUACUUCAAUUCCAUGAGUGAAAAUUAUCAAAUCAUACCUAGCAUAGAUCACUAUGGCUGCCUGGUUGAUCUUUUAGCUCGUGCUGGACACUUAUAUGAAGCACAAAUGGUUAUCAACAAGAUCCCAAUAACACCCGAUGCUACAAUGUGGGCAUCCUUGCUCGGUGCUUGUAGAAUUUAUGACAAUGUACAGUUAGGCGAACAUGCAGCGGAGCAACUUUUUAAGUUAGAUACUAAAGGUGCCGCUCCUUAUGUGCUAUUGUCAAACAUGUAUGCCGGAACUAGUAGAUGGGAUGGAAUUGAAAGGGUACGGAACAUGAUGAAAGACAAGAGGAUAAAAAAGACACCUGGUUGCAGUUGGAUUGAAGUCAAUAAACAAGUUCAUACUUUCCUCUCAGAAGAUAGGCAACCACUGUAAGUGCGAAACAAUUAUGCAAUUUGGGGAACAUUCUCCAGGUGAGGAUAGAGGCAUGUGCUUGGACAUGAUAUGGUUCAAAAUGGUCUGAACAAGCAGAAUGCUCUGUGACCUUCGAAUUUAUUUGGUCAUUGUAUUUGGGUUUACUGGCAUGACUCAUGGGACAGUUGUUUGGGUUAUCAAACGAAGUAAUAGAGAAUGAUGAUUUCCACUUUGUUCAUGUCAAUGAUUUUGGUUCAAGAGAUUGUUGCGAGUGAUAACUUUUAUUUAUCAUUUCAGUUUGGGAUGGUCUUCAAAAGGUGUGGAAAUUGACGAAAGACAAGAUCUUCAAGAUGAUAUUUGGAUGUGGUUGGAUGGAAGUCAACGAGUACGUGCUUUCUUUGCAGAAAGCUGUGUGGCUCCAUUUUUUAACUAAACAUAUGCGGAGUUGGAAAGAUUGCUCAGGUUGUCAAAGUCUAAAGGCUGGAGUUCGUAAGGGGUUGGGGGGUUGGCCUAUGUCAAGAAUAAGGGGUUUUGCCCUUGCCAAGAUUAAGGUAUGGCCAUCUUUUAUUGUAGUAGACUGAUUUAGUCUGAUGUGGAUACUCAUUCCUUGCAAGAGGAAGCCAUUUAAGUAUCCGAGUAGAUUUCUUCUAUCGUUUGGAUUCAUUUCAGUUUUCUCAACUUCAAUGUUACUGAAAUAAUUCAAGAUUUUUGGGUAGAUUGUGGACCACUUUGCAUGAAUAAUGGAAACCAAGUUGAACAGGUCUACACUUUGCAUACAAUUCUUGGCAAACGAAGUAAAUUCAGCAUACUUUCAGUAGGCUGUGACACUAAUAAGUUUUAUUUUAAAAGGUACUUUGGAACAGCACAAAAAGAAUGAGAGAAAAGCCAAUUCAAGAAUCGAAAGGGAUAGAAAAUUCAUUGACAAAAUCAAGGAAAUCUAUCCUUUACUUCAAGAAUAUCUCAACGAGUAUUAAGAACAAACUGGCCAUGAUUAACA